AGCAAUGUCAGUUAGUACAUGUGCUUAUGGUGUCUACUGACUACGUAUUCAAUGAUGUGAUGACAUAUACAAGUAUACUCUCGUAAAUAAUUUUAAAACAAUCAAGAACUCUUAUAAUUGAUAAUGGUUAGAAUACCGUGUAAACAAUUUUAAUCUCUGUAUUAAUAUAUUUAUUUCAAAAUGGUGUCUUUUACGUCAUUCUUCUAUGGAAUACUAAUAGCGUCUGUUACGUGGGCACUUAGUCUAUACAUGUAUUCACGCUUAUCUCAAAAUGACAAUUUUGCUAAUCCCACAAUGCUCAUAUCUGAUAUGCCAAAUUCCCUGAAAGAAUCUACUUUUGAUCAACGAUCUAGAAAAUGGUUAGAUAAUUCGCAUUACAAUAGCUCAUUAAUUUGGCUUAAAAAAUCUAUUAAUAAAGCAAACAAGGAUGCUGUUUUAGGAAAAGAUCAAUAUGAUUUCAAGUUUAAAAAAGAAUAUAUAAAUAGUGAAAAACUACUCCACCAAUUAAAACCAGUCCCUGUAAAGCCAUCAGUUACUAUUGGCCAAGGUCUGGAUGAACUAGGAAUGAUUAGAAAUAUAAAAGAACAGAGAAAACGUGAAGAAGGAUAUAAAAACUUUGCAUUCAAUAUUCUUGUUUCAGACAAACUUGGUUUAUACAGAGAUGUACCUGAUACAAGACACACAUUAUGUAAAAAUCAAACGUACUCAUAUGAUCUUCCAAAUGCCAGCAUAAUCAUCUGCUUUUAUAAUGAGCACUAUACUACAUUGCUGAGAUCAUUGCAUUCUGUUAUCAACAGAACACCACAAAAUUUAUUACAUGAAAUCAUUUUAAUUAAUGACUUUAGUGAUAGUGAGGAUUUACAUAAAGAAAUUGAAGAAUAUAUGAAAGAAAACUUUGAUGGCAAAGUUAGGUAUUACAAAACUGAUAAAAGGGAAGGUCUUAUUAGAGCAAGAAUGUUUGGAGCAAAAAAAGCUACAGGAAAGGUUCUAGUCUUUUUAGAUAGCCAUAUUGAAGUUAAUAAGAUGUGGAUGGAACCUUUGUUAUCAAGAAUUGCAUUUUCAAAAACUAUAGUACCCAUGCCUAUAAUUGAUAUUAUAAAUGCUGAUACUUUCCAAUAUAGUUCAAGUCCUUUAGUGAGAGGAGGUUUUAAUUGGGGAUUACAUUUUCAAUGGGAUAAUUUACCAGAAGGGAACUUGAAACAACAUCAAGAUUUUAUUAAACCAAUCAAAUCACCAACUAUGGCAGGAGGCCUGUUUGCAAUGGAUCGAAAAUACUUCUUUGAAUUAGGUGAAUAUGAUGCAGGAAUGGAUGUCUGGGGUGGUGAAAAUCUGGAAAUAUCAUUCAGGAUUUGGAUGUGUGGUGGUAGUAUUGAACUGAUACCCUGUUCAAGAGUAGGUCAUGUUUUUCGUAGAAGAAGACCAUAUGGAGGAAUUCAUCAACAAGACACAAUGUUAAAAAAUUCAUUGAGAGUUGCUCAUGUGUGGAUGGAUGAAUAUAAGAAUUAUUUUUUAAAAAAUGCUAAAAAAAUAGACUAUGGUGAUAUAUCUGAUAGACAGAAACUUCGCCAAAAAUUAAACUGCAAAGAUUUUGCUUGGUAUUUAAAGUUUGUUUACCCAGAGUUAUCUUUACCAGACCAAAAGUCUUCAAUUUUAAAGAAUAACUGGAAUAAAAUUGAUCAAAAAAUAGGACAGCCUUGGCAUUCUCGAAAGAGAAACUAUACAGAUGAAUAUCAAAUAAGACUUCAAAAUACAGUUCUGUGUAUUCAAAGUGAAAAAGAUAUCAAAUCAAAAGGAUCAAAACUGAUUUUAGCUUCUUGUUCGCGAAUAAAAACACAGGAAAGUAUUUAUAUACUGAUUAUUAUUGCAUACUAUAAUGUAAAUUUACAAUUAAACAAAUUAUUCGUAUCUAUACUGCUAUUAACGACCCAUAUAUUUUAUUUAAACAAAUUUCAGAUGUGGUAUGAAACUGAUAAGUAUGAGUUAGUUUUAGGACAAAUGCUUUGUUUAGAAGGAAAUGAAAAAAUGCCAAAACUUGGAAAAUGUCAUGAAAUGGGUGGAAACCAAGAAUGGAAGCAUAGUGGACUGACUAAGACAGCUAUUUAUAAUUUGGCAACAGGCACUUGUUUAGGAGCAUCAAGUCCAACGAAGAAUACACAAAUAUCAAUGAAUCUUUGUUAUAACAAUGAUAAUUCCUCCAUAACAUGGGAACUCGUAAAAUCUAAAUUGCCAUUGAAAAAUAUUAGAUGACGCAAAUAAAUGGAACAAUGUGUCUUCUAAAAAGAGAAUAAAAAUAUCUCAAUGCUUCUAUAUUAGAACGACUAUGUCAGUCCAUUUUUAUACAGUAUUGAAGUGUGUACUGAUUAUAGUAGUCAACAGUAUAUGACAAAUGAUAUUAAUUGCAAUGAAUAUAGUCACUUCUAUAUUCAUUGUCAAUAUAGUGAUAAUUUUACAAACAGAAACAAGUGCAUAAUUUUUAUAUUAACUUAUAAAUGUAAAAUUUUUAUUGUUAUCUAUUUUAUAAAAAUUUUAAAGUAUUAAUUUUUACUGUUAAAUACAACUGGCUGAUUUUCAGAUUUGUGAAGCUGACGCCCAAAAAAUUUUUUUAAACAUAUUUUUGAGUUUUCAUGAGCUAAAAUGUUUUCUCCCUUUUUCCGGAUUAAGUCUCCGCUUGAAAUUUAAUUUCCGGAUUUUCCGUUUUUAAAAAAAUUGCGAAAAAAAAUCGGGCGUUCAGACAGCGCGCAAUAUGUAUUGAACAUUUUUCUCCUGUUUAAAAAGAAAUAAUAUCGAUAGCGGAUGAUAGCUCCUUAUUCCCGGAUUACGAAACAAUUUUCCUUUUGUCGAUUUUCUACCCAAAAUUGAGGAAAAUGUAAAGAUUAGUAAUAUGCGGCAGUUAGUCGACAAAACAGGUCAAACAUUUGCUAAUCACUAGAUAUCCCUAUGCGAGUUCUACAGUGCGUACAGUCAUUGUACCCAGAUAACACAGUGCCGGCACCGAUGCGAAAACAGCCCGACACAAAUAACAUUUUAUAAAAAAAAUGAUCACAUCUCACUUACGUCUAAUUGUACUUCUCGAAAAAAUAAUUAUUUGUUAUUGUACCAUUAUAUUUCUCAUAAAAAAUAAAAAUUAUCGUUAUCGAUAAUUCACCUACUUCUAUUUAUUCACAUAAAAAACAUAAUUAAGCAAAAAUAAAUUCACAGAAAAAUUGUACCUUCUGUAGUCUAAAUUGUACCAUCAGUACAAUUCUAUAAAUUUGUUUCUAAAAGAAAUAAUAGGAUAAUUACAAAUUACCACUAAUUGUUACAACUUACAAGGAUGUCAUCCGGAAAUGCACUUUGCGCAGGCGUAGAGCUUUGUAAUAUGUAAUUAUCGACUAACUGC